AUGCCUUCUCAACGGCGUGUGCGACUGCUAGUCGUCGCGGUUAUCGCGAUGCUAGUCCUGACAUUUUAUUACUCGGGCGAAGCGAGCAAAAUACAGAACCAGAAGUUCUACCGAUCCACGCUGGAGGCCAUGCGGGCCAAGGAAGAGGCGAAGCAUACGAAACCGAAGGAUAAGAUCCAAGAUACCGUCGUCAAGCCCGGUGCUGGCGCUGUAGGUGCGCAGGUUGGUAGCGCGGAUGUCGAGCGACCGGCCGUGCCUGUGGCGAAGGUCUCGGAGAGCAAGAGUGAGGAGAUGGAGGAGAUUCCUAUUGCGGGGCGGACGAAGAUGACUGUGCCGAAGGUUAAGGGUGUUCAGGAUUCGUCUUUGAAUACUGGGGGUUCGGAUGAGAAGAAGACGGAGGAGAAGGAGGAAGAGACAACCGAGCAGUUGGAUGCGAAGAGCGAGUUGAACUCGAUUUUGAAGAGAGCUCCAGUCAUUAUUUUCUCUAAAUCCUAUUGUCCGCACAGCAAGAGAGCCAAGAAUAUCUUGCUGGGCCACUACGAUAUCACACCGGCGCCUUUCGUCGUCGAGCUCGACCAGCACCCGAUCGGACCGGCACUCCAACAACUUCUGAGGGAGAAUACAGGGCGGGGUACUGUUCCCAAUGUAUUGGUGAAUGGAAAGAGUAUUGGAGGUGGAGAUGAUGUGGCUGCCCUGGAUCAGAGCGACGAGCUGGCAUCGAAGCUACGGCAAUUGGGUGGGAAGUGGAUUUCAGAAGUCGUGCAUAAGACGCCGGAAUCUGUAUAA